GCCACUUGUUGUGUACAUCUUUGUCACACCAGGAAGCUGGGACUUUAUUACUUAACAGGAACAAAGCAGUGAGGAGUGGACCAGCUGCAAGAUGCAGGGCUUAGUCUGGCUGACCCUUUUUUCUGUCUUUUGUGUUUUUUCUACCAAAGAAGCUGCAGCAACGUUAGCAUUCUUCGAGGAUGAAGUAGAAUUGGAAUACGGUGAAAGUCUUGAUGAAGAUGCUGAGUUAUAUAUUUCUGGACCAGAAUAUCCAGUACUGGAAGGAGAUUCUGUGACUUUGGAAUGCUUAUCUGCCAAUUACACAAACCUGUCGAAUUUUACCUUCCAGAAAUACCUCCGGUAUAUGAAGAGAUGGAUGGACGUUGACACCAGAUAUUAUUACAGAUGUUGGUACUAUAAUCUGAACGUGACUCGCCCCGAAGGCCGCCUUAUCCUGAACAUCAACGAGCUCUACAACUGGCAGAGCGGUCCUUACCGUUGUAUAAGCAAGACCAAUGUGACCGAUGAUAUCAUCAUGUCAGAAAACUUCUCCAUACCGGUGGCCUAUAUGCAUGACAUAUACUUCCAACAAACCGAUUCCUGGCAACUCAGUACUUCAUCGGAUGUUCUGUAUGUCGAAGAAGGUUCUGAUCUGAAGAUUAAAUGCACAGCUCCUGCUUCAUCAGAACCAGAAUAUAUGUGGACUCGGGAGUCCUACGACAUUAGAACACUGGAAGACACCUUGGUCCUUGAGAAUGUUGGAGUGGAGGAUUCUGGGAACUAUACCUGCAAGGCUCAAAGUCUGGGCUACUAUAACCUUGUGAAGUCAAAAAGCAUUCAGCUGCGUGUUAUGCCCUUUCAAUCCAGGAUUAAGUUACAUUCAUAUGGCGACUUCAGUUUCCCACAAAUUCUGCUGUAUGUUGCUAUCCCGGCUGGGCUGAUGCUGAUCGCAUUGCUGACUGUCUUCGUCUGUGUUGCUCGUCGCCAUAGGAAUAAUCAGAAAAAGCCACAGAUCAGCCUGGUGUAUGGUGAGAAAUUUAGUCCAAUCUACAAAGGCUGCGUGAAGCCGAUCAAUUCCAAAGAGCAAGACACCCAGCCACUUGUUGCCUAAUGAUUGCUCUGGCCAAGGGCUGCACGGGACACGAAGCCUCUUCAGCUGUGACCAGCCCUUGUGUCCUGGCAUUCACUAUAACAACGUGCUUUUAUCUGGUGAAAGAUAUUCAUGUAAAGCAAGAUCUCCAAAGAUUGAUCAUACUAAAUUCUGUUCUGUUGUUGUUAUGAAUCAAUGCAAUCAAUGUGUUUUUUUAAAUGUAAUAGAAUCUUAGAAUCAUAUGCCUGUACAACAUAUCUGAUCACUGGCAUUGUUAGUAGCUAACACCAAAAUGUCUGCUUCAUAAAUAUGUCAAUAUGCAUCAUUUACCUUGUAUUUCUGUUGGUUAAAAGGAAAAUGAUUGUACAGCUGUCAACAUACGGUCCUUGUCUCUACAACCAACUUUGUUCAAUCAAGAAUUUGCUUUUCAUUUUAGUUAUGAACGUGGCGGUUAUGUCCUUCUAAUGAGCCGAUAGUGCAAAACGGUGAGUGCCGAAGGUUGCCUACCCCGAGAUAGUCUAUAACCGUUUACUGUAUCUCAAUUGAGUAUCUUUUUUUAUUAAAUACGUUCAGCACUUUCAAUUCAUUACUGGGAUGUAACCCUCCUGCUCAGCUUUAAGUUUCUAUUUUUCCAUUACUAAGAUUUGUACAGAUAAGGACUGUAAAACCUGCUUUUAGUGAAUAAAUGCUUCUCUAAAACAUGUAUUUUAAGAUUUUUUUUCUGUUUUUGCUUUUUUCACUUUAAUUUACCCACUUGUGGAAAAAAUCUAAUUCACAAGACCAGAAUUCUGUUUACCUCUUGGAUGUUGUCCAAAGGCCUAUGAAAUUAUAUUGACGUUUUUUCCAAACUUCCUGUUUAUGGACCGAGUGCCAUGUGGUCAACGUUAGAUUUAGUGAGCAGGUUAACAAAAGAAAAUUUGUUUUGACAGCGGGCAGCGUAUUAUCUGUAGUUGUUAGAAAUAAUAAACUGUUAAGGUCAGAUCUUCCAUUAACUGGGGAUCGUUGUACUUAUGGAUACCAGAAUGAAAUAGAUGCGCUGGGAGACGAGAUGUUCUGCUAGUCUUUCUAUGCUACAUAUCUCUAAUGUUAAUGUUUCUAGAUGGAACCUCUGUUUGUUAGACUGUCAGGUGCUUCAAUCCAAACCAACAUAAUUGUAAGUACGGCCCAGUAGUAGCUUAAAAACA